GUCUUGACCACGCAGAAAGGUAGACACCACUCAUGUUUAAAUUACCUGUGGUCAGAGCACAACAAAAUGUGGUACUAACUUUAACCAAAUUUCUACGCACAGCUGUCCCCUGAGCCCUGCUAGGGUUGUUUUUGAAGCAAUGUAAGCAUACUUUAUAUUGCUUUGUCGUAACCUCUUUCCUGUGGCAUGGCCUGUGCCAUGAGUGAAACGCCGCACAUCUGCAAUAAAUAAUCCAGGUACUCCAAUGGCCCUGCUCUCUUGCUAUCGGAGGAAAACAGCCCAAGGUGUGCGGUCUCAAUCCUUUAUUGGUGCUGCAAGGUGCACUGCAUACUCCUCUUACAAUACUGAAGCACAAAUUCACAGUCUGCCUUUAUUUUGCAGCAUCUAUGAACACCCAGGCACGGGAGCCGAUGUAGGUCCUUCACGAUCAGCCAAGAGGCCUGCUGACCAAGUGCCAUCAUCCCGAAAAAAGAAUCAACGGGGCCAGGAUAGCUUCGAGGACUCUGUGCAGAGCGUCCUCCACAGCUGCUCGGCAACAUUGAACGCCAUCUCGCACAAGGCCGACACGCCUGUCAUUAAAAACGACUGUACGGCGGGGGCACAAUGGAUUGAAUCCAAACUGGCAUUGCUUUCACAAAAGCUAAGAUGUGAGGUAAUGCAUAAGAUCAACCAACUGCUGUAUGAGGCUGAGAUGAAGAUGUUGGAAUGAAUGCUCAAC